AUGAAGCCGGACCCAAACAUCGAACCGAACCCAAGCGCCCCGGAUCAACGACCUCCCAACGUCCUCUCCUUCCCCUCCGCCACCUGCAGCAAGUGCAAGCGCUGCAUUCUCGUCACCAGACUGAACAACCACAUGGGCUCCUGUAUCGGCAACAGCGGCAGGAACGCCAGCCGAGCAGCCGCGGCCAAGAUUUCAAACGGCAGCAACGGGAACAGCCAGAACGACGGCACGCCUCCUUCGAGUCAAAAGGCCACACCAGUCCCGACCUCGCGAGCCUCGAGCCCCAAGAAGCGUGCCAGUGAGGAGGCGGAAGAAGACGGCACGUCCGACGCGAGCGGACCCAAGAAGAAGAAACUGAAGCCAUCCCCAAUGACAAAGAAGGUCAUCCUCAAAACGAAGGGGCCAAAGAAGGACAAGGUCAAGAGCGGCUCGCUCCUGAGCCAGGAACACAAGCCCGACGACGAUGAUGGCGACAACUCGACGGUCGAGGUGGCCCCGAAAAAGAAAGUGGACAAAGACAUCGGCAAAGGCAUCAGCCCCACGAAGAAACUCAAGCUCGGCUCCAACAAGCCACCUCUGUCAUCACCCAUGAGUAAAAAUGGACGAGAAGGAGAUGCAGAGUCUGAAUCCAGUGGAACUUUGUCAUCACCUCCUCAUGCUUGA